AUGUGGGAUGUUUUACCAUACUUAUUAAUUUCUUUACCAACCUCUCAACCAUUAAAAGGUGGUAAAAAGAAACCUUUAAAGGCUCCAAAGAAAGAUGCCAAAGAAUAUGACGAUGAUGAUGUUGCUUUCCAAAAUAGACAAAAAGAAGAACAAAAAGCCUUAAAAGAAAUGCAAGCCAAAGCCAAAUCAGGUGGUCCAUUAACUGGAGGCGGUAUUAAAAAAUCAACAAAAAAAUAA